GUGGGUAUUUUAGGUCAUUUAUAUCUAUAAAUAGUGUAAAAAGCUUUUAUUUUGUAGCUGUACAUAUGCUUUUGUUUUGAAGCGUCGUGGGAGACUUUUAUUUUGAAGAGGUGUGAAGGGCAGGGCGCUGACUUCCGCCUGGCCGAAGACAGCAGCGGCAGCGGCGGCGGCGGAGCUGAGAUCAGGGCGGAUUCACCGAGUCUGGAGAAACAUGGACAGUCAAGGCAGAAAAGUGGUGGUGUGUGACAACGGGACCGGGUUUGUGAAGUGUGGAUAUGCCGGCUCUAAUUUCCCAGAGCACAUUUUUCCAGCUCUGGUGGGGAGACCGAUCAUCCGCUCCACUGCCAAAGUGGGAAACAUCGAGAUCAAGGACCUAAUGGUGGGUGACGAGGCGAGCGAGCUGCGCUCCAUGCUGGAGGUGAACUACCCGAUGGAGAACGGGAUCGUGAGGAACUGGGACGAUAUGAAGCACCUGUGGGACUACACUUUCGGCCCCGAGAAGCUCAACAUCGACUCGCGGAACUGCAAGAUCCUGCUAACGGAGCCGCCCAUGAACCCCACCAAGAACCGAGAGAAGAUCAUCGAGGUGAUGUUUGAGACCUAUCAGUUCUCAGGCGUUUAUAUCGCCAUCCAGGCCGUGCUCACUCUUUACGCGCAAGGUCUGCUGACGGGUGUGGUGGUGGACUCUGGUGACGGUGUCACUCAUAUCUGUCCAGUGUACGAAGGCUUUUCUCUUCCUCAUCUCACGCGUCGUCUGGACAUCGCUGGACGAGACAUCACACGAUACCUCAUCAAGCUGUUGUUGUUGAGGGGUUACGCCUUCAACCACUCGGCAGACUUCGAGACGGUGAGGAUGAUGAAGGAGAAGCUGUGUUACGUGGGCUAUAACAUCGAGCAGGAGCAGAAGCUUGCGCUGGAGACCACCGUGCUGGUGGAGUCCUACACGCUUCCGGACGGCAGAGUGAUUAAAGUGGGCGGCGAGCGGUUCGAGGCUCCAGAGGCUCUGUUCCAGCCUCACCUCAUUAACGUGGAGGGAGUGGGUGUGGCUGAACUGCUUUUCAACACCAUCCAUGCCGCUGACAUCGAUACCAGGGCUGAGUUUUACAAACACAUCGUUUUGUCGGGCGGUUCUACGAUGUAUCCUGGUCUGCCGUCUCGUCUGGAGCGGGAGCUCAAGCAGCUCUACCUGGAGAGAGUCCUGAAGGGAGACGUCGACAAGCUCUCGAAGUUUAAGAUCCGCAUCGAGGAUCCUCCACGGCGUAAACACAUGGUGUUUUUGGGCGGAGCGGUGCUAGCCGACAUCAUGAAGGACAAAGACAACUUCUGGAUGACCAGAGAGGAGUACCAGGAGAAGGGCACACGCGUUCUGGAGAAGCUAGGGGUCACCGUUAGAUAAAUCACACACACAACAUGUAUAUCCCACUCCCAGUCACAGGGUGGCAUUUUGGCAGCGUAAACAGAGAUUUUCGGCAGAUUGAGGACGAGAACAACGAUAUUCAAAUACUUGAAAUUCCUUUGCAAUCCAAAAAAAAGUGCUCGAUGUUUGUUCGACAUUCCAAAUGUAAAGAAUGAGAGAAAAAUGUAAUGAAAUCGAGUGAUUUGCUCACGAAACGACUCGUUUAUGCUGCCAAAAUGAAUCCUCAAGCAAUCCUUCGUGUAUCACCAUAUCAUGACCUGUUUUGAGUCCUGUCUGUCUCAUGAGUUCACAUUGACCCUAACAGAGAGAAAUAUCGAGUAAGAAACAGGAGGAUGUUUAAACAAUAAAAAAAGAUGUAUUUUUCAGGAAAAAAAAGGUUCUUUGGUAAUAAAAUAGUUUUUGUAGUAAGGAUAAAAAUCGCUGCAGCCAAUUUGCUAAUAAAAAAAUGAAAAAUAUAAUUGUGGCCAAUAGUAUCAAACACAUAGACGUACUUCUAAAGGCAGAUUGCUUUUGCCGAAACGUCUAUUUUCUUUCUUUAACUUCCUGUGAUGUCUUUUCCUGUCUGUAAUCUCAGCAUCUGUGCAUUAUUGGAUGCCCUGAAAAUAUAUAGAGAAAAAUGCAGUAGCAACCGGGGCCAACUUCCCUGAAUAGCAUUUAACAGAACAUUUGAAGAGCGUGUUUUUGUCAAAUAAUGUCAUUGAGAGGAGGCUUUGAACGCACUCUUGAUGAGCAGUGUCAUUUUAGUCGUGAGAAUUGGCAUUUGGAAGUCUUUACAUAUAGACUCUCUGUGCAUGUCAUUCCGCCUGCAGUUCCAGGAUCAGUUUAAAGGACCUUCAUAAACAAUAAUAUCAAUAUCAUACUGCAUUUGAAAGGGAAGUGGUAAUGUUUUGCGUACAGUUGUAUCUAGAACCUCAUUUCCGCAAAUAGCUGGGUGAAUCUCAUGAAACAUGUCUGAGUCACAUUUCAUUUCAAAAUCAAAAGAAAGAAAUAAGAAGUUAUAGUUUCCUUUCAUGACAUUCAGCACUAUUUCCCCCAAAUUCUCAUUACCAUUAUGCAGAAAAAUCCCUUGUUUUUAUUUCCAUAAUGCAAAAAGGAAACCUUUUUUUAAUUAUUGAAAUGCAUGCAUGCAUGCAAAAAAAUCGAUACAUAUUGUUGUCAUUACCUUAAUGCUAUUUUUCAAUUGUGUAGUAAUGAAUACUACAUGGUGAGUUUUUUUCUACUAUGUUUAAUGCUGAUUUAAAUGUAAAAAACUAAAUAAUUCAAUUACAGUAUUUGUACUGCAAUACAGUUAAAAUGACACUAGUGAUAAUCUAAUAACCCUUUUGUAGAAUAAUGGGAAUUACACAAUGUCCUGGUGUGUUACUGUAAUGAGAAUUUGGGAGAUGAAUGUGUGUAAUUGUCAAGGAAGUAAUGAUACUAAAAGAGGAUAAUCAAAUAUUAUUUCUGAUUGCUUUUGUGUUUGAUUUGGGGAUUUUUGUGAGACUCACACACGGAGAAUUGGCUAUAAAACCGCACGAGCAGCUGCAGCAGUGCAUUUAGUCGUGGCUCAUGCAUUUUACACACGUGCAUCGUCCAUCCAUGCGGCUUCAUUCCAUUGCAAUAACCCUGCAUCCUUUUCAUCAGCUCAUUUAUUUAGUAUUCGAACGAGUCUAAAUCGUGUUUCGCUGCCCAGACGAGCCUCACGAUUGUUCACUUUGCUAUUUUUUAUGCUUUUGCAUUCAUGUUUUUUCUUUGCUGUUGGUUGUCAGUCAUUUUCAUGUCCGAGUCGAGUUGCAUCUAACAGUCUGGGAACGAAGGGCCUCGCUGACGCCCGAUGGGUGUUUCUGGGUCAGGCGCUUCAUUCCCAGACCGAAGGCACCUGUGAUGUAACGGUUUACUGCCUAUUUGUAAUAUGAAUGACAUGAUGAUGGUAUUGUUACUGAUGAUGAUAAUUUUAGUGUUUGUAGUCGUGACAGCCGUUUGGAAGCUGGAUCAGUGAUGUUUCUGUGUUUAUACACACUCGCACAUGGAACAAACUAAACGACGACUCCAUUGAUUUCACUCACACGCUUUCUUCCUGUGCCAAGUUUGGGUAUUGUAGUCAUUUUGUUUGUUUGUUUGUUUUCUGCUUUUGGUUUUUGUUUCAUUUGUAGCAUACUGCCAGACCAUUGAUUUAAAUAAAGAAAAUUGAUUUAUAACUCAAUGGUAAAAGUGAGUCUUUUAAGCAGACUGAAGCCAGUGCGCGUGUGUGUGUGUGUGCAUGUUAGAGAGAGAACAUGUGCAUGUUAGUUUUUUUCAUAUGUGACCUGUAACUAUGGAAGCGCACAAGGAAUUGCCACCCAUCUAUGUUACCAUGGAGAUGUGCUGUACACAUGCAGUGUAUUUUCUUUCAGUUCAUCUCUUAGAGCUGUAAUUUACAGUACCAGCCUCAGAC